CCAAAUUUGCCCAUAAAUAUUCGCCCCCAAUGCUGCAAUUCUUCCCUUUUCUCCUCCUUCCUUCCUUCCUUCCUUCCCUAUCAUUGAGCUAAAAAUUCCUCUGUUUCCCCAUGAUGUCCACUAUUCCGGCCAUCUUUCCCUCUGAGUCAAUGCUCGGCGGCAACCCACUUUUGGCUUUCGGAGGGGGUUGCACAUCGUGGGACUACUCGGACCUCUUUUCCCCCGUCCAAUCACCAGCACCUGUGCUCUCGAGCUCCGGCUCGGACGAACCGAACCAUCCGAACCAAAACUCUGCCCACUUGAACUCUUGCCCGGACGAACCGAAUCCCAAACGGGCAGUUUCCAUUAUUGACGAGCGGAAGCAGAGGCGCAUGAUAUCGAACCGGGAGUCAGCGAGGCGGUCCCGCAUGCGUAAGCAAAAGCACUUGGAAAACCUACGGAACCAAGUGAACCAUCUCAAACUCGAGAACCGGGAAUUGACAAACCGCUUGCGAUUUGCUUACUUUCAUUUUGACCGCGUACGGACAGACAACGAUCGGCUCCGCUCCGAACACAGUAUGCUCCGACAAAAGCUGUCGGAGAUACGUCAAAUUUUGGCUCUCAAGCAACAUCACCAGCAGCUUUCUCCUGCAUGGCCAUGCAACAAUUUUUCUGUUGCGUCCCAACCACGUCAACAAACCCCUCAAUACUCAAAUAAACCAUGAAAACAGCUUGAAAAUUCUCUAAAACAAAAACAAAUAGUACGUAGCUGCUCUCUUAUCUUCUUCCCUUUCUGUAUAUUUAAAGCUGUUAACAGAAAGAGAAAGAAAUUGGUGGGGGUUUUUGGUCAUUUUUUAUAAAGGGGUGGUUCUAGAAAAAAUGGUGGUUUUGAGAAAGUUAUUGUAAUGUAAAAAAGUGGUCAAUAGUAU